AUUAUUAAUAUAACCGUUGUGCCAGUAUAAAUAUAGCGUACAGUCUCUUUUCAUUUUUAACCUUCAAAUCGGAAGUUUUAUAAUAAUCAACAAUUGUAUUUCUUUUUCUGUUGCCCUCUUUCGUGUUAUAGGUCUUCGUCUUAUGAUCAUCUCUUAUAAUUUGCUUACUGUUCGAGUUGCAUUAAAAAUUUUGUGUUAUUGAAUUGUAUUAUUAAUUUAACCGUGUUUAGUAAAUAUUUGCUGAAAGUAAAUUCUUGCAGUUACGAUCUUAUGUAUGAUUAAUUCUAUGUGCUGUUCAUUGUUCGCUUGUUAAGUUAUUUGAUAAAUGAAAUUUUGAUAAUGAAAGGGGAAAACCCAAGUAAUAAAGGAGACAGAGAGUCAGCGAAGCCCAUUCCGGGUAUUGAAAUGAAAGCAGGCGAACAAAAUAUUGCUUUAGAAAAAGCGAAGAUUGUUGAAUUUAUACUAAAAUUAUACCAUUCCAAAAGUAUUCAAUCGGAUGGACUUGUUCCGAAAAAAACUGUUAUAAAGGAAUUCGGAGCAUUCGUUGAAACGAAAAAUUUAAAACAAUGUUUUGGAAAUCUCAAGAUUGGGACAUUAUUGCAGCAAAAUAAGUUCUUACACCACACUCCAAGAGGUUCAAAAGAGUACUGUAUUUCAAUGAAAAGUGUAUUUGAAUUUUAUCACACAAAUUUAGAGCUGUUUGAUGAAAUGCGUUUAAUUGAAAUGUCAAUGCACUUAAAUCCUCAUGAAUUAACACACGAAGAACCUCUUCGUACGAAAGAACCAAUAAAAAAUCUUUGGAGAAGUGAGAUUGCAAAAGAGAAAAUCGCUGAAUUUGUUUUAAAUCUAUACCAUGACUUACAUCUUCAACCAAAUGGACUCGUUUCAAAAAUAACAGUUUGGAAAGAAUUCAACAAUUUCAAGAAAACAAACAAUUAUGGAGAACAUUUUUUCAAUGAGAACAUAGGAAAAUUAUUACAAGAAAAUAAACUUUUGCUCCACACCUUUAAAGGCAGUACGGAUUUUCGAAUAUCUUUUAGGAAAAUAUUUGAACUUCGUAAUCAAAAACUAAAAGAAUUGGAUGAAAACCAGAAAACUUUGAGAAAUAUAAAUUCAGAUUCUUGUUCUUCAGAAUUGAAUGAAAAACCUGUUGAAGUUUCAGAAGAAUUUUGUGCAGAUGACAAAGAAUUUGAUUUAGUUUUUCAAGGCGGAUGCUCGCAACAGAUAAACGCGAACUUUAUACAAUUAAGUACAGCGUGUUUCAUAUGUCAAGAGAUUUUCAAAACACAAUCAGAAUUCGAAGAUCACGUCAGUAUACACGGUUUUGAGUCUGAUUUUGAGUUUAUUAGGUCUCUCAAAAGUGCGAAUAAUAUUUUUGAAAUAACCUAUCGUUUGUGCAAUAAAUCGCAUUAUUUUUGUUUUACAUUGAAAUCUGUAGAGAAAGAUGUUAUAAUAGACAAAAUUAUAAUCGUUCAAACAAAAUCGAUGCAUUUUUUAAAAAACGAUCGUGUUCCGUAUGAAUUAUCACCAGAUGGCAUUGAUUCGUUUUUUGUUGAUUCUCACUUAUUUACGAUUGGAGUCGAACAACCCUUAAUCGUCAUCUAUAGACACAAGUCAGACAAACUUGUGCGUUUUGUAGAAGAACAUCAUUUCUUAAGGAUUGAAGAGUUUCCAAAAGUCUACUUUUCCUUUCGUUCAUGUAGGCUCCCAAAAAUGACCUCAAUGAAAACGAAAUUAAAACUCAAUGAUUACUAUCCUGAUGCUAAAGUGAAAGCUUCACAGCGUGAUAAUUUUUCUGAUGAAUCUCUGAACCACGUAUCAAGCCUAUUCGAAGAUUAUAGAAAAGGGGGAAAAUUAAAUGUACGAAAUGUAUGUGAUGUUUUAAAGGUCACACUUCAAAUUGAAGACCUUGAAAGCCAGAAGGACUAUUUGCCCUUGUAUCAAAAAGCAGCUGAAAUAAAGAGAUUUGGAAGAGAAUAUUCAGUGAAGCUCAAAAAACUUCCAAAAAAUAUAUUUCUGGAAAAUAUUGUGUCAAUACUGGAUGAAAUAGUUUUGACGCCUAUCAAAAGUUUUGAAAAUAAACAAUAUUUUAAUGCCAUUGUGGAAGGUGUUUAUUACGACACAAUUUGUUUUCAACAUGAAUCCUUUAUUGAUGAAAAAAUAAAAUACGAUAUAAUGCUACGUCCAUCACGUUUGUCAUUAAAAUAUCAGUUUAGAGCGUUAGAAAUGCUCUCUGAUAGUAUGGAAAGGAAACUUUAUUUAUUUCCAGUGGAUGUCAAAUUUAGGAAACAUAUAAUAAAGGAAACACUUCAAUUGUUUAAUCCUUCGAUUAAAAACAAUUUUGAGCAGUUAGAAGCUGUAAGGAAUAUUGCAUUUGGGCCUGAUGUAUCUUCUCCGUAUAUAAUAUUUGGUCCUCCUGGUACAGGUAAAACAUCAACCAUAGUUGAAACUGUCCUCCAACUAUGGCAUCGACGACCAGAAACUCGAGUUCUAAUUACGGCAGGUUCUAAUAGUGCCUGUGACGAAGUCGCAUUACGGUUAUUAAAAACAAUAAAUGAAAUUCAACCGGAAAAACCUAAUAUUUUAAGGAUAUAUGCUAAAUCAAACGAAAAACGGCUUGACUGCAUUGAAGAUGCUUUGAUAGAAGCAUCUAACUUUUAUAGUGCACAUUUCUAUCCAAGUGUAGAAGCCAUACAAGAAUAUCGGAUCAUAGUUUGCACUAUAUCAAUUGUGGGCAAACUUGUUUCAGCACAAUUUGGUUCAGAUUUCUUCACUCAUAUAUUUAUUGAUGAGUGCGGUGCUUUAACUGAACCUGAAGCGCUUGUUGCUUGGAUGGGAACUUCAUCAUCAAACACACGUCUAAUUUUAUCUGGAGAUCAUAAACAACUAGGUCCAAUAUUAAAAUCGACUCGAGCGGCUAGUCUUGGGCUUAGUAUUUCACUCAUGGAACGCUUGUUAAACAGUGAGUGCUAUGCAAUCGACCAGGAUGGUAAUUAUAAUCGAUCAAUUCAAACGCGACUUAUUCGGAAUUACCGUUCACACCCUGAAAUUGUUGCUUUAUACAAUAAACUUUAUUACAAUAAUGAGCUUAAAUCUUUAGCCCGAAAAGGUGAUAUAAAUUGGGGUUUGCAGUGGCACAUGUUACCUAAUCGUAACUACCCAAUCAUUUUCCAUUCAGUUUAUGGAAAUUGCAAUAAAAACAGACGCUCUAUAAGUUUGUGUAAUGAAGAAGAAGUUAAUGCUGUAAUGGAUUAUGUCAAAGAUCUCAUGUUUUUUGGCUUGAAAGGAAGAAAAAUCGAGGAAACUGAUAUUGGUAUAAUAUCACCUUAUAAGAAACAGUAUUCUCGAAUACAAGAAGAACUUUGUUCUCGUGGAUGGAGUAAUAUUGAAGUUGGCGCUGUUGAAACAUUCCAAGGAAAGGAAAAAUCGAUAAUAAUUGUCUCUACUGUCCGUUCUUUUACAAAAACUUUAGGUUUUCUGGAAAACCCAAGACGCCUUAACGUUGUGUUGUCUCGUGCCAAAGCUCUGCUUAUCAUGAUUGGGAAUCCAAAAACUCUAUCUCAAAAUAAGGAUUAUAAGUUCAUCAUUGACGAAUGCGUGAGAAACCAAGCCAUUCGUGGUGGUGAUGGAUUUGUUGAGUUGACGAGCUCAAUCGAAACGAAUGUGAAUCCAAAUAAAACUAAUUCCCAGACAAAAAUUUCGGCUAAACAAAGACGAUAUAGGAAAAGAAAUUCAAAAUUAAAAAAAGUAACAAACAAAGAAAACCUCGUUCCGGUAAUUGAAGAAAAUAGUAAAACUAAUGAUUUUAAAACUAUAUGUGGUGAAAGUAUAGACACUUACCCCAAACGAAUAUCUACCACGAUCCAAGACAAUAUUUCAAAUAAUCAAAAUGUUCUGAGAACUCCAAAUAAGCCACUUGCAACUGUGUUUCCAAGAAGACAUGCUGAGGAAGAAUGUAUUACGUCGCCUUCUCCAGUUUCUCCAUUACCUAAUUGGGAAAAACUUGAAUGCGUAGAUUACUGGGCGGAUAAUUAUGUUCAGAAUAACAGACACAAUUACGCAACUUCUGUUAUAAAAAAAGAACAUAAGAAAAGUACUUGUAUACUUUCCUAAGAAAACAUCCAUUUUUUGUUUUUCGUACUUGACUCUUUAUGUGAUAUAAAAAUGUUCGUUUUGCUUUGUAAAAAUUUUAAUUAUUAUUUUUAUCAAUAAAAUUUUAAAUGUAUGUGCAUA